AUGUCUCUUUCCCCUUCAAAACAAGCUGCUAUUGCUGCUUAUCGUAAUCUCUUGAAAACUCAAAGAGAGGUAUUCACAGGUGACCUCAAAGCCAUUCAAGCUGCUAGAAAAGAAACUUAUGCGAGGUUUAUGCAAUAUAAGAAUGAGACAAAUUGCGAUGUGCUGGAAGAGAAACUUGAGCUGGCUGAUCAAGUAUCAUCGCUAUUGAGAAAGAAUGUCGUUGAGGCUGUAAGAGAGGAAGACGGAGGCGCUCAUAAAUUACACAUUAAAGGAAAAAAGGGAAAUAUCAAGUUUGGUGAUGUUUCAAAACACGCAAAAUAG